AUGCAUUACUACUGUUUAAUUUCCAUUGUAAAAGGGUUGUAUCCAAAUAGGGAUGUCAAUGAUAUUGAUAAUUUGAUAGAGCUCGGAAAGGAUCUUAAUUUUCAAAUGCCUUCAAGGGAAGGAAUUAGCGACGAAGAGAGAGAAAAGUUGAAAUAUAUUGCUCUGCUUUUGGUAUCUCCAAGAAAUGAAAAAAAGUUUAAUCAAGAUGAUUUUUCGAAGACUAUAAGUAAUUCCAAUGAAGCAUGUCGGGUUAAGAUCGAUAAGCUUUUAAUCGAUCAAAGAGGGACGGGACACGCUAUCGGUCCUGAUGGUGCCCCUAGUUUUUUCAUAGAUACCUUGAAUGUUUUGAAAAGAUCUGCCCAGGAGUUUCUUGAAGUUUCAUGGGAUAAGUCAUUCAACGUCUUCAAGUCGGGCCACGCGAUUAGUAACCAUCAUGAAUUCUUGGAAUGUAAUGAAUAUAAGAUCAACGUUGAAUCAUUUGCUAUAGCUAAUCAGUUACCUCUGGAAUUAGGGGACAGUUGUCUCAACGCAUUUUUUAGACAAUUGCAUCCAAUUUAUUUCUGCUUCGAUCAAAAGAAGUUUUUAGGUGCUUAUUAUAGUUUUCUUUCAGACGUGGCACUACGAAGAACCUUGAAGAUACCCAAUAUAGAGAUAUGUUGCAUAUAUAUGGUGUUGAUUCUAGGUAGCUAUUUCACUCCGAAAGAUCUAAGGGAACCACGCUUCCAUGGUAUAUUCAACGAGUACUUAAAAUUUGUUAAUCAGUUUCUUUCAGAAAUGGUACUUAUUCCAAGCUUAGAUGGGAUUAGAUGUAUGCUACUUUUGUCAAUAUAUUUUGAUGCUUUCAGACAAAGAGAAAGUUGCUACAUUCUUGUGGAAUUGGCAAUAAGACAAGCGCUUGCCAUUGGGUUCCAUACAGAUGUAUUUUUGCUCCAAGUAGAAGAUACAGUGAGAAUUGACGAAGUUCGUAAAACGUGGUGGAGCUUAGUUCAACUAGAAAUCAAAUUGAGCAUUCAAAUGGAUCGUCCCUCUUGCAUCCCAAUAGGUAAAAACAAGCUAAAUGCUCCUAUCCUAGUUGACGUUGAAGAUUCUUUAUGUCGGAAAUGCUACGAACUGUCAAUUAAACUCAGCGAGGUUUCUACUACUAUUCUCAGAUGUAGGGAAUCCAUCGAUUACUGUGACCCAAUGCUUCCUUCUAAUUUAUCUGAAAUUGAAAGAUCUUAUAGGGCCUUAUUUGACUGGUAUAUCGAUCUUGAUAUCCUGUUAAGAGACUUGAAAUUAUUUUCAAGGUUUUAUAUCCUAAAUUUGAACUUAAAGUAUCACUAUUAUGUUAUUUGUCUUUGCUUCCCAGUCUUGCUAACCUCUUUAAAACAAGAAACGCUCUGCUUGAAUGAGACAAUGUUGGGGCUCAUUACAAGUGCCAUAGGCUCUGCUUUGAGAAUAUGUGAUAUCGUUCAAGCUAAUGAAAGUCUAGAGUUAAUAACCAAUGAGUUAAAUCUAUGUAUAAUAUUUAUAUACCAUGCGACAAUGACUUUGGUUGUCAGUUACGUCUGGCUAUAUCGAUUGAGCAGAGCCAGCGAUCCUAUUUUAAAGAAGUUGGAUGAUGAGUUCGGAAUAACUUUUAACAGAUUGUUUAAAGGUAUUUCAAGUAUCAAGGCAAUCAAAUUUGACUACGAAUCAUCAGUUAGUUCUUCUUCAAUCAUCAGCAAAAAUAUAAACUUGAUGAUAGAUACCGUAAUACAAAAUGAUGAGUCCAAGAAGGCUCUCGAGGGUCAAAUAGACAUUUUAACAUCUACGUCAUUAAAUAAAAUUUUGACUCCCUUACUGUGGAGUGAAUACUUUAAUAUUUAA